AUGAUCUCCAAACCUGCUCGAUGGCCGAGUCCGGCCAUAUCACGUGCAACAAUCACGUGCUACUACGUCAUAUACCAGGGAAGCCGUGGCUUGCAAGAAAAAGUACGCAGCCCUUAUGACUUCUCCAAUGGAUCUCACUGGAUGUUACAGUCCGUCAGCUUUGCUCAACGAUACCAGUCUACGAUGGUCGCUGCAAGGGUUGCCCGUCUGAAAUGGACGGUGCCCCCAGCGGUCCUAGCUGCAUACACUGCGGGGAAUUGGUCGCAUCCCAGACAAUCACAAACUCGAUUCUCUUCUUCUCAAAAACGGAACGAUACAGAUUCUGAGAAGGCCAAUGCAGGAACAGGUGGUCAAGGAGAUGACUCCAGUGAUAAUGGGUCCAUUUGGAACAACAUCGUCCACAAGUUUGACGGGGUCGCGAAUACUGUCAGUCCCGGCGAAUGGGUAGACGUGGGCAGCAUCACCAACAUCAUCCCGGACUGGGCAAGCUUCUUACCAAUUCCUGCUCAGAAACUGCAGCGCGAGCUUUCUCUUGCUCCUGGCUCCUUGGCCGACGAGAUCUGGAAGGAGGCGCAGGACCCCAAUGUCCAUCCUGAGAUUCUCCGUGAGGCCAGCGUGCGAGUGAGUGGAGAGUUAUGCGAGGAAGAGAAGGCGUUCCGGCGACACCGUCAACGGAAGGUGAUCAAAGCAUUGUCGUCCUAUCUCGACAUACCCGAGGAGGAUAUUCACCCCGAUGAUGUGCCAGUUAUUGCAAUGUGUGGCUCAGGAGGUGGCCUUCGCGCGCUGGUCGCAGGUACCGGAUCAUAUCUGGCGGCGCAAGAAGCGGGACUGUGGGACUGUAUCACCUACACAGCUGGUGUCAGUGGAAGCUGCUGGCUGCAGACGCUGUACCAUUCGUCACUCUCCCAGCGAAACUUCAACAAGCUCGUCGACCAUUUGAAGAACAGACUUGGUGUUCACAUUGCCUUUCCACCGGAGGCUCUCAAUCUGCUCACCACUGCCCCGACAAAUAAAUACCUUCUCUGCGGGUUUGUGGAGAAACUCAAAGGUGACCCAGGGGCCGACUUUGGCCUGGUAGAUAUCUACGGCUUGUUACUCGCAGCAAGACUUCUGGUCCCGCGAGGAGAACUGGGAGUGUCAGACCUGGAUUUCAAACUGUCGAGUCAGAAGGAAAAUUUGAUGAAUGGAGCUCACCCGCUCCCUAUCUACACAGCGGUACGACAUGAGAUCCCUGUUGAGGUCCUGGACGAGAAAAAUGAGAAUGGCCAGAAGCGUACUCCCGAGCAGUUGAUGAGGGAGUCACGAAAUGAAGCAUGGUUCCAGUGGUUUGAGUUCACUCCCUACGAGUUCUUUUGUGAAGAACUCAAUGCCGGUAUUCCAACCUGGGCCCUGGGACGUCACUUCAACAAAGGCCGCUCCGAGGUCUCUGCUGAAAAACUUCCGCUCCCGGAGCUGAGGAUCCCCGGGCUGAUGGGUGUCUGGGGCAGCGCAUUUUGCGCAACUCUGUCGCACUAUUACAAAGAGGUCCGGCCUUUGGUCAAAGGCUUGGCUGGGUUUGGAGGAAUUGAUUCUCUCAUCCAAGGCAAGAACCAGGAUUUGAUUCGAGUGCAUCCUAUCGACCCUGCGGGUAUACCCAACUACGUGAUGGGAAUGAAAGACCAGCUUCCCGAGUCUUGUCCAGAAUCGAUCUUCCUAAAUGACCACCUCCGUCUCAUGGAUGCGGGAAUGAGCAACAACCUUCCAAUCUACCCGCUCAUCCGACCUGGCCGUGAUGUCGAUGUAAUCGUCGCAUUUGACGCAUCUGCAGAUAUCAAGCAAGAGAACUGGCUUUCCGUUGUCGACGGUUAUGCCAAGCAACGUGGUAUCAAGGGUUGGCCCGUCGGCGCCGGAUGGCCAAAAGCCUCCUCGAACCCCCAGGAUACCGAGGAAGCGUUGCGCGAGCCAAAGAAUAUCACCGAUGGCGAGAUAGCCGAGAAACUCGCCAAGGCCAAAGAUGGCAUCUCGCCCACCGGCCAAAAGCCCAACACAGGUACAGACCUAGGUUACUGCAACGUCUGGGUUGGCACCACAGAAGAACGAACCUCGAACGACGAGCCCCCGCCCUCCAAACGACUCUUCAACGCUUCCGAAGAAGACGAAUCCGACUUCCACCUGAUGCGUCCAGACGCCGGCGUUGCCGUCGUCUAUUUCCCGCUAAUCCCCAACCCUUCCGCGCCAGAUCUCCCAAUAGCUCGCAAACCAAAGAUCCGGAAUUACCUCUCGCUCCACACCCCCAAUUCGAUCAACCCAGAAGUUGAUGAUUUCCUGUCUACAUGGAACUUUGUCUACACGCCUGAGCAGAUUGAUUCCGUUGUUGGUCUUGCCAAGGCCAAUUUCGCUGAGGGUGCAGCGCAGACUCGUCGUGUUGUCCGCGCUGUCUAUGAGCGCAAGAAGUCAGAUCGAUUGAAGAAGGAGGCUGAAGAGCAUCGGCAGAAAAUGGAAGGCUUUGUGCCUCUGUGA